CUCUCAUUGAACAUCGAUUAUUUACAGUUAAAAACUUUUCUUUUUCCUUUUAUUUUUUCUCUCCUUUCCUGUGUGGUUUGAUUUGUGAUAUAAAUAAUCCUUUUUACUCUUUUAUACCACUUAUAUUUUAGGAAAAAAAUUGCCAAACAUUUCGAAUAAUAAAAGAAGACAGAUUGCUCCUGAUAUUAACGAUCUCAUUAAUAUCAAUUAUUCCAGGAAAAAUAACCAACCAUAUUUGAAUUCGUCUCUAAAUAACUUGUUAUUUUCUUUGUGUUCCUCAACUUCUCCAGCCUCUUUAUUAUAUAAUAGUAACAAUAUUCGUUUUUUAAAUCACCACCAUUAUCGUAAUCUUUACAAGUACAACACUAUUAACACUAACAAGAUCAAAAAAAUCAAAAUGUCAUAUGCUCUACCUGAAUCUCACAAGUCCAUGAUUGAAAAUCAUGUUGGGGAAACUGAUCCUGAAGUCAAGAAAAUUAUUGUCGAUGAAAUUGACAGACAACGCCACUCAAUUGUUCUUAUUGCAUCUGAAAACUUCACCUCAACUUCUGUUUUUGAUUGUCUUGGUUCUCCCAUGUCAAACAAGUACUCAGAAGGUUAUCCAGGUGCCAGAUAUUACGGUGGUAAUGAAUUCAUCGAUAAGAUGGAGAUCUUGUGUCAAAACAGAGCCUUGGAUGCCUUCCAUUUAACCCCAGACAAAUGGGGUGUUAACGUCCAAACUCUUUCUGGCUCUCCAUCAAACUUGCAGGUCUACCAGGCUUUGAUAAAACCUCACGAAAGAUUAAUGGGUUUGGACUUACCUCAUGGUGGUCAUUUGUCUCAUGGUUAUCAAACUGAUAGAAGAAAAAUCUCUGCUGUCUCAACUUAUUUCGAAACAAUGCCCUACAGAGUUGAUUUGGAAACUGGAAUCAUCGAUUAUGAUAUGUUGGAAAAAACUGCUGAAUUGUUCAGACCAAAAAUCUUGGUUGCUGGUACUUCUGCUUAUUGUCGUUUGAUUGACUACAAGAGAAUGAGACAAAUUGCUGACAAAGUUGGUGCCUAUUUGAUGGUUGAUAUGGCUCAUAUCUCUGGUUUGAUUGCUGCCGGUGUUAUUCCAUCUCCUUUCGAAUACGCUGACAUCGUUACAACAACCACCCACAAGUCUCUUAGAGGUCCAAGAGGAGCAAUGAUCUUUUUCAGAAGAGGUGUCAGAUCAAUUAAUCCCAAAACCGGCGUUGAAGUUUACUACAACUUGGAAAACCCAAUCAAUUUCUCAGUUUUCCCAGGUCAUCAAGGUGGUCCACACAACCACACCAUUGCUGCCUUAGCUACUGCUUUAAAACAAGCAGCCAGUCCAGAAUUCAAAUUGUAUCAAAAACAAGUCUUAAAAAAUGCCAAAAUCUUAGAAGAUGGCUUUAAGAAGCUAGGCUACAAAUUGGUUUCUGACGGUACAGACUCUCAUAUGGUUUUGGUAGACUUGAAGCAAAGUAAAGGUAUUGACGGCGCUAGAGUUGAAACCCUCUGUGAAAACAUGAACAUUGCUUUGAAUAAAAAUUCUGUUCCAGGUGAUAAAUCUGCCUUAGUCCCGGGUGGUAUUAGAAUUGGUACUCCAGCUAUGACAACAAGAGGUUUAGGCGAAUUAGAUUUUGCUAAGAUUGUAUCUUAUAUCAACAAAGCUGUUGAAUUAUCAAUUGAUAUUCAAAAGAAUUUGCCACCAACUGAAAACAAAUUAAAGGAUUUUAAAGCUGCUGUUGCAAAAGGUAUUCCAGAAAUUGAAGAACUAAAGAAAGAAAUAUCUGCUUGGAGUGCUCAAUUCCCACUACCAGUCAAUGAAUGGAAUUAAUUCUUUUUAAUUUCUUUUUAUUGGUUUCUCGUUAAAUCCAAAUUUUGUAAAUAAUCCAGUUUAUUUUCAAAUAAUACAUUCAAUCCUAUUCCAUUUUUCCUUUGUUUUCAACUAAUAAUUCAACUUAAUGAUAUUUUUAUAUUUUUG